AGUGUGGAAGUUCACAGAACACUGAAGACCUGUCCUGAGGGUGCUCUAGAAAGUCUCCAGAGGGUCAUUUAAUGGGGGAGAACUCUGCCAACAACCAUUAUGCACAGCUUAACCAGGGAGAAGAGAAUGAGAUGGAGAUAUUUGGUUACAAAACCCAAGGCUGCCGAAAGGCUUUGUGCAUUGCUGGAUACAUCUUGUCCUGUGGGGCUCUGCUGCUGCUGUUUUACUGGAAGCCAGAGUGGGACGUGUGGGCAAACUGCAUCCGCUGCAGCUUGGAAGAAGCGGAUGUUGUUCUGCUCAGAACAACAGAUGAAUUUCAGAUUUACUCUCGUAAGACUGUGACGUGGAUCUCUGUGUCUGCACUCAUCAGAAGUAGAUUGGAUUAUCCAGCCCCUGCUGAGGAAGACUCAAUCUUCAGCAAAGCCAUAAUGAAGCCAAGUUUGCAAGUGAAAAGUAUCCAAGUGCAACAAAUCCGCUAUGUCUGGAAUAUCUAUGCGAAACAGUUCCAGAAAGUUGGAGCUCUAGAAGACUACCACACUUGCUCAGCUAUACAUGCCAAAUUUGGUUCUGGUCUGACCUGCAAUGAACAGAAUGUCAGGAGACUUAUAUGUGGGCCAAACACUGUUGAUGUUCCAGUGAUCCCUAUUUGGAAACUACUCAUCAAAGAGGUCUUAAAUCCAUUUUACGUGUUCCAGCUGUUCAGUGUGUGUCUGUGGUUUGCUGAAGAUUACGUGGAGUAUGCCACUGCCAUCAUAAUCAUGUCUCUCCUCUCAAUUGUUUUGACUGUGUAUGAUCUUAGACAGCAAUCGGUUAAACUGCACAGGCUGGUUGAGUCUCAUAACAACAUCAUGGUCACUGUCUGCAGAAAUAAGGAAGGUUUCCAAGAGCUGGAAUCACACCAUCUUGUUCCUGGAGACAUGCUGGUUUUGAAAGAGGGCAAAACCCUUUUGCCCUGUGAUGCCAUCCUGAUCAGCGGGCAGUGUACUGUAAAUGAAAGCAUGCUGACAGGGGAAAGUAUUCCAGUAACAAAGACCCACCUACCCCAAGGUGAUAACUUCAAGCCCUGGAGAGUGCACUGUGCAGAAGAUUACAAAAAACAUAUCCUCUUCUGUGGAACAGAGGUCAUACAGACAAAGCCAGAUGACAGAGGAGUAGUGAAGGCUGUGGUACUGCGGACUGGCUUCAAUACAGCCAAAGGAGAUCUGGUGAGGUCCAUUCUCUACCCUAAACCCAUGAACUUCAAGCUGUACAGGGAUGCCCUCCGGUUCCUGAUGUGCCUCAUAGCAUUUGCAGCCAUUGGAAUGAUCUACACAGUGUGUGUAUUUGCACUUAAUGGGGAGGAGGCAGGAGAAGUGGUAAAGAAGGCUUUGGAUGUUAUCACUAUUGCUGUCCCCCCAGCUCUGCCAGCUGCCUUGACAACGGGGAUCAUUUAUACCCAGCGGAGGCUGAAGAAAAAGGGCAUCUUCUGCAUCAGCCCACAGAGGAUCAACGUGUGUGGACAGCUGAACCUCAUCUGCUUUGACAAAACUGGCACCCUAACAGAAGAUGGCCUGGAUCUUUGGGGCUUGCUGCCCUCUGAAAGAAACUGCUUCCAGGACAUUCACAGCUUCCAUGUGGACCACAGCCUGCCUUGGGGCCCAGUGUUCAGAGCAAUGGUGGUUUGUCAUUCACUAAUUGUUUGGGAGGGCAAGAUCCAAGGAGACCCACUGGAUGUGAAAAUGUUUGAGGCCACUAACUGGGUGAUAGAUGAUUCCAGUGGACACCAGAUUGAAGGUCAAGGAUCCACAUACGCCACAGUUGUUAGACCUGGGCCUAAAGCCAGCAGUGCCCCUGUGGAAGGAGUUGUCAUUUUACGUCAGUUUCCAUUUUCUUCAGCCUUGCAGAGGAUGUCUGUCAUUGCUCAGGAAAUUGGUGGGGAACAACAGGUCUUCACAAAAGGGGCUCCAGAAAUGGUAGCCAUGUUAUGCAGAGCAGAAACAGUCCCGUCAAACUUUGAAAGCAAGCUUCUGCUCUACACAGCACAGGGCUUUAGGGUCAUUGGACUGGCAUGUAAAUCUCUACAGGCAGGGAAGCAGUCUACUGAUCUAACAAGGGAGGAGGUAGAAUCUGAUCUGACAUUCCUGGGUCUGCUGAUAAUGGAGAACAGAUUAAAGAGGGAGACAAAGCCUGUCCUGGAAGAGCUCAGUGCUGCCUGCAUCAGGAGUGUUAUGGUCACAG